AUGGAUCUUACAGGCACCAUUCCACCACAACUUGGAAACUUGUCCUUCCUUCAGUUUCUGAAUCUCUACAACAAUAGCUUCCAUGGGCAUCUGCCCAGCAACAUAGGAAAUUUACGCCGGUUAAAAGCGAUGGAUAUGAGCAAAAAUAAUUUGUCAGGAGUGAUCCCAGUAAGUUUUGGGAAUUUGCACAAACUUCAAUCUUUACUAUUCGAAACAAAUAGUCUGACAGGUACAAUUCCACCUACAAUCUUCAACAUCUCUUCCUUGCAAGGCAUUGGUCUCCAGUUUACCUACAUAUUUGGAAGUCUCCCAAAGAACAUCUGCGACCAUCUUCCUGAACUAGCAUUUCUUUGGCUUUCCUCUAAUAAGCUCUCGGGACAAAUUCCAUCCGAAUUAUCUAAAUGUAGGGAAUUAAAAUCAAUAUCAUUAUCCUAUAACAGUAUGGUUGGAUCGAUACCGGAAGAGAUUGGAUACCUCCCCAAGCUUGAGGUUUUAUACAUUGGAGCAAAUUUCCUGUCAGGUGAUUUGCCUCGAUCAAUCUUCAACAUGACUUCUAUUAGUGACAUUGAUCUUUCUUUCAAUAACCUGUCAGGAUUACCUCAACAGAUAGGCAACCUUCCCAACUUGAAGGAACUGCAAUUGCAAGAUAACAGUAUAACAGGGUCACUGCCACGCUCUCUUGGUAACAUAUCCAGGUUAGAAGCGCUUGACUUGUCAUAUAACCGGAUUGCUGGUCAUAUUUUGCAAGAACUUGGAAAUUUGAGAGCGCUGCAAGACCUCCGUUUGCAAUCCAAUUCCUUCACCAAUGACCCCUCCAGUCAGGAACUUAACUUUAUCACUUCUUUGACAAACUGUAAGGAGUUAGAAUCAUUGUGGAUUUCAGACAACCCUUUAAAUGGCAUGCUUCCAAAUUCUAUAGGGAAUCUCUCAUCCUUUCUAACAACCUUUUAUGCAUACUCCUGCAAAAUCAAAGGCAAUAUUCCGAGUGCGAUUGGCAACUUGAGUAACCUUAUUGGCUUAGACUUGAAUACAAAUAAUUUGACUGGAUCCUGUCCUACAACAGUGGGAGGGCUAAGGAAGAUACAACUAAUGGCUCUUUAUGAGAACAUGCUCAGUGGUUCCAUUCCUUCCGAUAUAUGUCUUGCAAGGAGCUUGGCUUUAUUUUACUUCGAUGAAAAUAAGUUCUCUGGAAUGAUACCUAAUUGCAUUGGGAAUCUUACUUCUUUACGAGAAGUUUAUCUUUCUUCCAAUGCAUUAACAUCUUCCAUUCCUUUGGCAUUAUGGAGCCUCAAGGAUCUCUUGGUUUUGGAUUUGGAUUCAAAUUCUCUGAAAGGAUCUCUUCCCUUGGAAGUUCGAGGAAUGAAGGCUGUGAUAUCAAUUACUUUGUCGAGGAAUCAAUUGUAUGGUAAUAUUCCGAGUACAAUAGGCUCACUUCAGAACUUGAUAGAUAUCUCAUUAGCUAACAACAGUUUUCAAGGGUCCAUUCCAGAAUUAUUUGGUGAUUUGGUAACCCUGGAAUUCUUAGAUUUGUCUGAAAAUAACUUGUCUGGAGCAAUCCCCAAGUCAUUAGAGAAACUUAGAUAUUUGAAGUAUUUGAAUGUGUCUUUCAAUGGACUACAAGGAGAAAUUCCAGGUGGAGGACCAUUUGCAAACUUCACUGUUCAUUCUUUUAUGAUGAAUAAGGCUCUUUGCGGCCCUUCUCGGCUGCAAGUCCCACCAUGCAGCAGUGAAUCUCAUAAGCCUUCAAAGACUAAAUCCAGAGUUUUAAGGUUCAGUUUAGUGGCUGUGGCAUCGCUUCUGCUCGUAGUGGCUUUCAUUUUUCUUCUUAUAGGAUGUCGACGAAGGAGCAGAAAAAUUCCUAUUCCGGAAGCCUUGCGAUUGACAGCAAUCCAGAGAAGAAUUUCCCACCUUGAACUUCUGCGUGCAACAAAUGAGUUUCAUGAGAGUGAAAGUGAAUCCGUUGCACAAACCAAGACCCUUGCGACGAUAGGGUAUAUGGCACCAGUAAUUGACAUUGUGGACAGUAAUAUGCUGAAUAGAAGAGAUGGCUACUCAGUAAAUAAGGAGCAUUGUGUGACAUCUAUAAUAGAGUUGGCUCUGCAAUGUACUAAUGAAUCUCCUGAAGAGAGAAUUAACAUGGUUGAAAUCCUGGCAAGCCUUAAAAAGAUCAAAGUGGAAUUCUUGAGAGACCCUGCAAGGCGAAGCCCAUAA